AUGGAAGACUCCCGUCGCCUUAGCAAGACAGUCUGUAUAGUGUGCCGGACGCGCAAGCAGAAGUGUGAUCGCCGCCUCCCUGCCUGCAACUUCUGCACCCAAAGCAAUCUGGAAUGUCGCUGGGUCACUGCGAAGCAGCCCGGCCUUCGCGCCGGCUAUGUUUCGGAGCUGGAAAAGAGGCUCUCCAUUCUUGAGAGAGAAGUUCGCGAUCUCAAAACUCAGCAACCCCCACCGCCAUCCUCUUCGGAUUCCGGCAACGCCAGCGCCGCCUCCUCAAGUGAAAGCCCGCGCCUUUCGCCAAGUCAAUCUCCCACUCCGCCUAAUUCGCACUCAUUCGACCCUCUUAGCCCUCCAGUCCUAAAUGAGUUAUGCGACUUGUGGUUUCGCGACUACCAUCCUUGGUUUUCAAUCCUGCAUCAACCCUCCGUUUUGGAUGUCUUACAGACCAAUGUCCCCCCGUCCGAUUCCCACUUGAAUAUUGUUUUCAAGGCUAUCGCUGCUGUGACUAUUGCACAUUCCUCAUUCUCCGGGGCUCCAUCUCUUGACGAAAGACAACGCAUCUGCAAAUCUCUACGCAAUGAGGUUGUCAUGGAAGCAAUGGGCACUUUGUCCUUAAAAUGCCUUCAGUCCAUCCUGAUCAUCACCCUCCUUGAUUCAGCUGCCGGCAAGCUGACGGAUUACUGGAACCUCAUAGCCCUUUGCAAGCGAAUAUCCACACUUCUAGGCCUCCGGGAUCUCGUGGUUAACAAAUGCUCCAACUUCAACCAACUUUCCACUCUUCCGCCGCGCAUGCUACCACUGCCCAGUACUUUGGUAUCGCAAGAGGAGAAUGUCCGCGCAUACUGGAUGACUGAAGUCCUGGAUUCCUCUUCCACUCUUGGUGUAGCCUGGAACCUUGGUUUACCUCAACCUAUUGAAAACGCAUUAUUACCCUGCAAUAAUGCUGUGUGGUCCUUUUCCGAGGCAGCCAUGGGUAUAUGGUCGCUUGAUGACCUCGAGUUCUCCUCAUCCUUGUCUCUUUACGUCAGUCUCUUCACAAACGAGCUUUGGCAUGUCCACAAUUUCCUACAGCAAUCGUACGACAUGAGAUCAGCAGAAGACCGUCCAAAGGCACAAUCAGACUGCGAGGCAGUGGAUACUCGGCUUCUACAGUGGCGGGCUGGCUCCGGCGCUCUUGCAUUUACCUCCGGCAAUACUCUCACCCCCUUUGACCCCAACAUCCUCAUGACCCGAUGCAUGUUCAAUGCUGCAAUUAUUCUCAUACACCAACGGCUCACCGUUCCGCCACACGGUCUCGAUCACCUCUUUGAACCGUGGUACCACGCCAUUCAACGCUGCCUUGAAAGCUGCGACGACAUCACCGCAGCUGUGCGCUCAGUGGACGAUGUUGAUAUCGAGACCACGAAUCCACAACUUAGCUUCUGCAUCUUCGUCGCAGCGCGAUUCCUCCUCGUUCAUGCAAAACACUUCAACCUCGAAACCCCCCGCAACCUCGAUCUCCUAGUCUACGCCCUCAAGACUUCCGGUCAACGCUGGCCGGUAUCUCACCGACGUGAAAAGGUCAUCCGUACCGCCCUCUCGGAACACAAGAUCCCGCUCUCGAUCAGCUCGCUGCCAUCCCAGUUCUUCGAUCUGCAGUAUUCGGCCCUCGACAUUGAUGACGCGUUGCACCUCUGGGCGCAGCGGUUGCAGCCGUGGGUGCAUCUGCUGCAUGCCAACCCGGAGAAAGCAGCGGCACCGGGCGUCUAUAACAGCAUGGGCCCCGCCGCUAUUCAGUCUACCGCUCCUGCUUCUUCUGCCGCGCCGGCGACCGUUGCCGCUCGAAAAGGGGAUCUCGGAGGGAUUUUAGGAGAAGGAGCAGAAUUUGACUUCCAAGAUCUGUCGACACCUGCUGUGUUGCUAGAGACGUGA